AUGCGCCUCAUCAAACAAAGCAUCGACCGCCGGACAGGAGCGGGCACGGCGACGCUACUACCCGAAGAGCCGGAAGACAUGUGGCACGCGUACAACCUGAUCCGGCCGCUGGACACGCUGCGCGCGGCCGCGGUGCGCAAGGUGACGACGGCGUCGGCGACGGGCGCGACGUCGUCGAAGCGCGUGCACACGACGCUGACGAUCCGGGUGACGCGCACCGACUUCGACGCGGGCAGCAGCCAGCUGCACGUCGCCGGCCAGGUCGCCGAGGAGAACGAGUUUGUCGGCCUGAACCAGAGCCACACGCUGGACCUGGAGCUGCAGCGCCAGUUCGUGCUCGAGAAGAAUGACGGCUGGGACAGCGUCGCGCUCGAGGCGCUCAAGGAGGCCACCGAUCCCACCAAGCGCGCCGAGGUCUGGGCCGUCGUGAUGCAGGAGGGCAUGGCGAACAUCUGCCUGAUUACCGAGCAUCAGACCAUCCUGCGCCAGCGCGUGGAGACGCCUAUACCGAGGAAGAGAAGGGGCGGGACUGGCGAUCAUGACAAAGGCAUGGACAAGUUCUUCUCGACAGUCCUCAGCACGCUCCUCCGCCAAAUCGACCUCUCGAACCCACGCCCGCUCCUCCUCGCCUCGCCCGGCUUCGUCGCAGCCUCGUUCCAGGCCUAUAUCAAGCAGCAGGCCCUGUCGACGGGCAACAAGCCGCUGCAAGCGCAAGUGCAGUCGAUCCUGGUCGCGCACUCGUCGUCGGGCCACGUGCACGCGCUGAACGAGGUGCUCAAGUCGCCGACGGUGCUGGCCAAGCUCAGCGACACCAAGUACGCGCGCGAGACGGCGCUGAUGGACCGCUUCCUCGAGCUGCUGCGCAUGGACGACGGCCGCGCGUGGUACGGCCCGCGCGAGGUCGAAAAGGCCGUCGAUAAGGGCGCCGUCGGCCGCGGCGGCGGCGUCCUGCUCAUCUCAAACGCCCUCUUCCGCAGCCAGGACAUCGCCACCCGCCGCCGCUGGGUGCGCCUGGUCGAUCGCGUCAGGGAGCAGGAGGGCGGCGAGGUGCGCGUGCUGAGCUCGGCGCACGAGAGCGGGAAGAGGCUGGAGGGCUUGGGCAACAUUGCUGCUAUCUUGACUUUCCCCAUUGAGGACCUGGACGAAGAGGUUGAGGCAGAAGAGGCUGCUACCGCGGAGGAUGGAGAGCAAAUAUGA